AUUCACAGGAUACAUAAGGACUAAUCAAACAUUGAACCUCUCUAUCAGUUGCAGCAAUCAAUGACACAAAAUAAUUGCUCCAAGAGCUAUUCGCUAUGGAUGAAAAUGAAGAUAAAGCACAGUGGAGACCAGAAUCCUCUCAUGGGUACGUUCAUCUGCUGUCUGCUGGCCGGUCCCAGUGGUACCUGUGUGCAGCACUGUGUGUUACCCUCACUCUCUCCUUGUCUCUGCUCAUCCUGAUGCCAAGUCGGUUUGGCAGUGUGGACAGAAAGUUAUCUGAUUUGGAGAGAUCCGUGUCAAAUCUGACUGAAUCUGUGUCCCUUCACUUAUCAAAACUACAUGAGAAAGUUGGUAGUCUGGAGAUGAAGUUAUCUGAUUUGAAGAGAUCAGUAUUAAAUAUGACAGAACGUGUGUCCUUUCACUCAUCAAAACUACCGAAGAAAGUGGGCUGUCCUGAUGGCUGGAAUCUUCACAACUCCAGCUGCUACUUCUUCUCGGCUUACCGGGCUUCAUGGUACACAGCCCGAAACUCCUGUAGGUCUAUGGAUGCCACACUGCUCAUCCUAACUGACGAAGAAGAGUGGGUCUUUGUAAACAGAAUGAGUGUUGGUCGCCCCUUUUGGCUUGGCCUGUCAGAUGAGAGGACUGGAGAGUGGGAGUGGGUCAACGGGAGUCCUUACAUCAUGAACCGGAGUAAAUGGAUGCCAGGCCAACCUGAUAACUGGGCGGGGCAUUCUAUAGGGGGCACAGAGGACUGUGCCCAUAUCACAUUUGGGAAACUCAAUGACAACCACUGCACCGUUUCCUAUACAUUCAUCUGCAAAGCCAGACCAGCACCCAACUAAUAAAGCUAAACAUUUCUAGGCAUUAUGAUUAGAAAUAUAACUAACAGGAUUGGCUUGAAUUAAGCAAGUCCUGUUUUCUAUUUGAUUGUCACGUUUGUUGAUUUUUGCAUGCCAAAUAUGUGGUUUGCUGUAUUCCUGAUCUAAAACACGCAUAUAAUAUAUAUAUAUAUUUGUAAAAAAUUGU